UGCUCUUUGGUAGGUGGAACGUUAUGUCAAUCAAACGUACGCAGUUGUCCGAGCAACGGGAAGGAAGUGGCUGCCGGGAACGCGGGACAAAGUGAAACAUGCUUCCUUUAUCUUUGUUAAAGACGGCGCAGAACCAUCCUAUGUUGGUUGAAUUAAAAAAUGGCGAAACCUACAACGGGCACUUGGUUAGCUGUGACAACUGGAUGAACAUCAAUCUUCGAGAAGUUAUUUGUACUUCCAGGGAUGGUGACAAAUUUUGGAGAAUGCCUGAGUGCUAUAUACGUGGUAGCACUAUCAAAUACUUGCGCAUCCCUGAUGAAGUUAUUGAUAUGGUGAAAGAAGAAGUGAUGUCAAAGGGCAGAGGACGUGGUGGAAUGCAGCAACAGAAACAGAUGAAAGGAAGAGGAGGAGGAGGAGGUGGUGGCGGCGGCGGAGCAGGACGUGGUGUUUUUGGUGGAAGAGGCAGGGGAAUGCCUGGAGGUGGCAGAGGUGGACCCCAGGAUAAAAAGCCAGGCCGGCAAGCUGGGAAACAAUGACCGUUGGACUAUAUUGUGGGGUUUUUCCUUUACAAAAGUGGGAGACUGUAAAUUCUAUUUCACUGUCUGGUCAAGUGUCUGAAGC